AUGUGCACCUUCCCCAUGUCCCCCCGCCGCCGCGUUGCUCCUUCCGUCACGGGAUGGGCCUCCUUUGUGCCCGGGUGGCUCCUGCCAGUUUCUACCAUAGACGUACCCAUCUCCACACUCACACGGUCGAGAAUACCAGUCACCGUGCACGAGAGUGCUGCUGGCCGCCACCUGCGACACGUCUCGUCUCUCGCCUUGCUGAUGAUCAAUGGCGAACCCCCAUGUGUAAUAAUAGGCACACUGUGUGAUUGGCUGCCCUAUCCAGCUGCGCGACACCAGUGUCAGACAUGCCAACGACGCCAGCUUGACUCCUCCUCUCGCCCUCCUCUGCUUUGUGAGGCAGGGCCCCUUUGGUCGAACGAAUUGAAACCGGGACUUGCCCUUGUCCUUGCCCUCGCCCUUGGCCCGCAAUGCUGGAUGCUCUUGAAUCCACUCCCUCGUCCGCCGGCCGGAAGCCCAUCUCACCGCUCAGCUAGGGGAACCAAUCCUUACCUAGCCUUAAUCGCCGUGUUGGCUUUCAGUCUCGCCAUCCUCAUCAUUCGCGUCAUCAGCCUCUGGGAUGCGGUCUUGGAUGGCAGCUAUGCCUUGUUCACCCUGGGCCGGCCACGUCAGUUCGCGCUUGCCAUGCAGGAACAACAGAGCACUCUCGACAAAGGUCACAGCUCAUUAAUGUCGCAGCGACGCGAACAAUCUGUCCUUUUGCCACACGCCCGCUUCAGACAUUCCGCCACCGACCAUGACUGGCAAAGGCUCGCCAUGUCGUCGCAAAUCACGACCUUCCAGAACGACUUCCCCCCACCCGCUAGCGCACCACAUUCAGCAUUUGUCCAACUGUACAGAGACAACUGUAUCCGUGUAACCUUGUCAACUCGAUUCCGACAAGUCCACCAUCACGCGGCCUGGCAACCGUCGCUUACUCGUCACUUCUAUAUAGACGCUACCCCGCUACUUAACUGUCCGGUGAAGAGCUGCAGGCGAUCGAGGAAACUGGGCGCUCGGCAAGCCUGUCAGAGAUGCGCCACUCCUCAGCGAUUUGGUGAUGAGCUCAUGGCUGAGCUGUGA